AUGGCCUCCGACAAGGAAAACAAAAUCUACUUCUACGACCCCUCCCUCGCCGCAGCCAUCCUCUUCACCAUCAUUUAUAUCAUCCCACUUGCCUAUCAGAUAUGGACAACCAUCAUCCUCCCUUGGAAAGGUAGAUAUCCCCGAGCCAACUACCUCAUCCCGAUUGUCAUUGGUGCCGCCCUCGAAGUAGCCGGAUACGGGAUCCGCUGCGCCAGUGUCCGCGAGCCGCAGAGCAUCCCUCUCUACGCAGUCUCCAUCACCGUGAUCGUCAUUGCCCCCGUCUUCGUCUGCGCAAGUCUCUACAUGCUGCUUGGAAGGCUCCGAUCGAAUGCUCCAGAUGGUGGCACGAGGACACCUGCAAGCUUCCUGGGCCGGUUCCCCGUGAAAUGGUUGCCGUGGAUCUUCGUCACGCUGGACGUGAUUAGUGUGCUCACGCAGGGAUCGGGGAGUGGGAUCGCAUCCUCGGGGAAUUGGGAGGGUUCGUCGCAUGAUACCGGGAUCGCGGUGUUGAUCGCCGGGUUGGUGUUGCAGGUUAUCACGUUCGCUUGCUUUCUUGUCAUCGUAAGCUGGUUUCACCUCCGCGCAACAAGAGGAGGAUCGCUUGGACAUGGAGUCAAGAUGGUCUUGAAGGGGAUCUACAUUGCUGGGUUCUUUGUCAUGGUCCGCUCAAUCUAUCGAGUGUUUGAAUUUGCCUUGGGUAUUGAUUCGUACACUUUUACUCAUGAAUGGCCGUUGUAUGUUCUGGAAGCAAUUCCGAUGCUCAUCGCCUUGAUGGCUCUGGGCUGGUUUCACCCCGGGAAAUGGUUGGCUGCGGAUCAUCUGGGGGAGGGUGGUAAGGUACGGAUGCGCCAAUCGGAGGCGCUUGUUUAG